AUGUCUUGCUUCCAGACGCUGGGACAUCGGCCGUCCGGUGAGCGACUGGUGGGUGAAGUGAUUGAACUGGCACGGAUGGGGACGAUGAUAGGACCUCUCGUCAGCGCCGUCAUACGCGAUCUGCUGGCUGGCGUCAGCGUCGCAACCCGCGCUCUAGAGCCGAUCCUGGCUGGAGGCGACGAACUCCUGCGCAUCUUGUGCCCUUUUGAGGCAUUCAGCUGCAAUCCCAAGUGCCGCAAAUGCACACUUGUCCUGCUGAUUGCUCCGUUGCAGCCGCCGAGGCAAAUUCGCCCAGGCCGCUGGCCCGACAAAAGACUGCGCAAUGGUGUUACAGGCCCGGCUGACACCCUCUACGAGGACCCGGAAUAG